AUGGCUGCGGCGGCGGCCCCACGCGGGUGGCAGAGUGGAGAGCCCCGCUCGCUUGGCCGGGCGGUGAGGCUGCUGCAGCGUCUGCAGGAGCAAUGCGGGGACCCCCGACUCUCCUCGAGUCCCCCCUCGCUAAGGGACCUGCUGCCCAGCACCGUACAGCUGCUGCGAGAGGUGGCCCACGCCCGGCGGGCGGCCGGUGGAGGCGGCCACGAGGGUCCCGGGGGUGCCAGGGACUUUCUCGCCAUCUACCUCGCCAACCUAGAGGCCAAGAGCAGGCAGGUGGCGGAACUCCUGCCACCCCGGAGCCAAAAGAGUGCCAACGACGAGCUCUUCCGGGAGGGCUCCAUUCUCAGGCGGCAGCUGGCCAAGCUGGCCCUUGUCUUCAGCCACAUGUAUUCGGAGCUGAGUGCACUCUUCCCGGGGGGAAAGUACUGUGGACACACGUACCAGCUCACCGAGACCGCAGCCCACAUCUUCUGGAGGGAGCGCUGUGGAGCCCAGUGUGUGCUGCCCUGGGCUGAGUUUGAAUCUCUCCUGAGCACCUGCCACCCCGUGGAAUCAGGCCUCACAACCUUCGCCUUGCGCUCCACCAUCGACCUCACCUGCAGUGGCCACGUGUCCAUCUUCGAAUUUGACAUCUUCACCAGACUCUUCCAGCCAUGGCCAACGCUCCUCAAGAACUGGCAGCUGCUGGCAGUCAACCACCCGGGCUACAUGGCCUUCCUCACGUAUGAGGAUGUCCAAGCACGUCUGCAGGCCUGCAGGAACAAGCCAGGCAGCUACAUCUUCCGACCGAGCUGCACUCGCCUGGGACAGUGGGCCAUCGGAUACGUAACCUCAGAUGGCAGCAUCCUGCAGACCAUCCCUCAAAACAAACCCUUGUUCCAGGCGCUCCUGGAAGGACAAAAGGGAGGCUUCUACCUCUACCCAGAUGGGAAGAACCACAACCCAGACCUGACUGAACUCUGCCACAUGGAGCCCCAUCAGCACAUCCAAGUGUCAGAGGAGCAGCUGCAGCUGUACUGGGCCAUGGACUCCACGUUCGAGCUCUGUAAGAUCUGCGCCGAGAGCAACAAGGACGUGAAGAUCAAGCCGUGCGGGCACCUGCUGUGCAGCCGCUGCCUGGCCUCCUGGCAGCACUUGGACAGCCAGACCUGUCCCUUCUGCCGCUGCAAGAUCGAGGGCCAAGAGGUCGUGAGUAUCCAUCAAUUCCAAGAGAGGCCAGCAGAAGCCAGACCCACUGCUGAGGACCCAGGGAAGAGCAAUGAUCAGGGCAAUGAAGAGGAAGAAGGGGGGCAGGUGACCCCCUCAGCUCCCCCACUGCUCCCUCACCUGGAUGUGUCCCCUGAGCAUCCCAGAAGCAAAGGCCAGCUGAAGGUGGCGCCUCCAGCCGUGCCCAAACUUCGGGCCCCUCUUAUUUUGCCAAAAAUUAGGACUGUGGGCUUGGUCCCAUGGGAAAUCACCUCCAGGCCGCGGUCCAGGGAGGGAGCCGCAGAGGCACCAAGAUGUGCUGCUUAA